AUGACGACGCGUGAGCUGCCAUUCAUCGAUUUUGAGGAUACCUACGAUGGCCUGGGCGACCAACUCGAUGAUGAUCAGGAUGCCUUCAACGACGACACUUUCGGUGGCGGCGGCCCUGCUGGUCCCAGCUCUGGAGCUGUCGGCAAGGACUUCGAUUUCUUCGGCAAGACUGCGACCGUCGCCGAUGCAAUCGGCGAAGAGCAAAUUCGCUAUGCCUUGCAGAACCCCCAGGCUGUCCCCGUCGCUGGUCAACAAGUUCAACCCGCUGCGCAACCUGAGCCAGCGUUCUCCAAGCGUAGCGGUUACGAGAAAUAUUCCGACCCCGGUUUCAUUCCCGACCUGCAGGCGAAAUCGAGCGUUUGGGGGGUUUCCCAAAAGAAGCCCGAGCCGAUGCCCAUGUCCAUGCCAGCCAUGUCGGCCGCUCGCAAGAUGAUGAGUCUGGAUGAGGUGGAGGCACAGAUGCAGAUGCGCAACCAAGGCUAUCAGCCAUCGCCAGUGCCGCAGGCCAUGCAUCCACACUUGGCCGAUCCAUCUGCCUACAUGCGCCACCCGCAGAAUAUCCCGCUUCCCGAUGGUUUCCCUACGAUCCCCCCCCGAGGUCAUGCGAGCACAGCUCGAAAGAGGUGGCCUUCCCCCGGGGAUGCCUCACCCCCCCUCCCGGGAUGCCGGAAAUGCAUGGCCCCCCCUCCCGGUAUCCCGGGCAUGCCGCCGCAUCUUAUGCAAGGUAACCAUCCUCCUCAGAACAUGCCCCCUCAGGUUCCCCCGCCGACUUCAAGGGGUCCCAAUGGGGGACUGCCCGUUAUCACCGACCCCCAGCAGCUUGUGCAUCUUACUGAAGAGCAGCGCAACGCUUAUCUCGUCGAAGACGCUAAGCGGGCGAAGCGAAACCACAAGAUAUUCUUGCUGUCGCGGGGCAAUGGCUUGAUGACCCCCCAGGACAAGAACUUUAUCACUCGCAUCCAGCUGCAACAGCUUGUCGCGGCGGCUGGCAAUGUAGCGGAUUCCGACCCAGAGGCUGUUCUGGCAGAGGACUUCUACUACCAGGUCUAUAGCCAGAUUCGCGGAGCCCCUCGCCAACACCCUCACCAACCUCUGGGGCACUUUGCUCAGACAUACCUCCUUCAAACAGGAAAUCGCAUCGGUGGCCAUGGAAACCGCCGAGCCUUCCACAGCGCGGACAACCACAUGCAGCGAAUGCAACAGCAGGUUCAGCGUGCCGUUGAGGCCGCCAAGGCCAAGCCCAAGAACAAGCAGCUGAUCAUUGAGGGCAGCCUGGGCAAGAUCUCCUUCAGUAACGCCAAAGCGCCGAAGCCAAUGCUCAACAUCAAGCGACCUGACAGCUCCGAGGGACCUCGGCCUAAGAAGUUGCACUCCGACCUUAGUCUGAGUGACCGCAAGUCGAUCCUUACCAACAUUGAGGGUGUUUACAGCGGUCUCAUGUCUAUGGAGGAUAUGGAGCGCCAUUCCCGUAUUUUCCGCCACAUCGACCAGGAGCAGCGCGUGACCAUCCUCACCAUGAUCGUCGUCCACCUGGAUAGUUUGGAUGUGGUUCACUUGGCGCAACCCGUUCCCGGCGAGGCUCAACUCUCCGUGGCUAUGCGUGAGUCCAUCGAUCUGUUCUCGUUGGCCGUGAUGCCCAGCUUGCUGGGAUACGUCAAUGAGGCUCCCUUCAACAUUAUCAUUGGCCUUCUGGGCCUGGUCAUUGCUCAGACUCAUGUACAAACCGUUGCUCGCACCAAGGUCGGCUUGGGUAUUUUGACCAUGCUGCUCAGUCGUGCCGAGAUUGUCAAGGAGGCCGGCCAGGCCUCCGAAGUCGAUUGGCAACAGUGGGUUGCCAAGUUCAACGUGCUGUUUGACACUUUGGAGCCUGCAUUGGCCGAUAUCUUCACGAGCUCGAUCAACUCUGGCGACGACAUGUAUGUGUGGCAGUUCCUUGCUGCUGUUGGUAUUGGUGCCAGUCCCGAGCAGCAGCAACGUCUCGUAAUUGCUGUCAAGGACCGUGUCAUGGAGACCGUUGCCUACAGCAAGACUCUGCCGGCUGACAUGGCCAGCUCGCGUCUUGGUAACGUCAACCUUUUCAUGCGUGCCAUUGGCCUUGACGUGGAGCUUUUGGGUUAA